UGCUACUUCCGAUUCCGACGUCAUUUGUAAUGAUCAUGGACAUAACAGGAAAAUCAAAUAUAGAGACUAUACAAUGGUGGGAACACUGGUCAGUCUCUGGAAGUAUGUUCAUUGCAGCAGUUACUCUUGGCAGAGAUUUCUCUCGAGAAAUAGGAGAAGUACAACACAGUUCAGUAUUUUGGUAUUUACUUGAAUCCCUUUUACUCGUAUAUACAUGCAUUGCAGUGGCACGGAAAGUUCAAGAAAGAUUUUCAAAUCGUAUUUUUGAUGAGUUGGAAGUGUCCACAGAAUUCGAUAAAAUCGCUGACGACAGUAAAAAAGAUCACCAGGAACCCCCCAAAAAGAUAUCAGUUGGUACACAGACAGACCAUAAAGACUAUGACGAUUUAACAGAACGUUUGAAAUCCAAUCAUCACUCAAAACUCGCCAAGAUAAACAAAGACAUCAGACAGUUCAGGCAGCUGUUUACAUCUAAGAUUUCAAAGGUUAGAAAAUCAACAAAAGAAGUUUCAAAGAAAAUGUGUGACAUUCAACUAAAAAUUCCUGCCUUAACACAAGAAAAUAAGUUUCUAUCAGAUGAAAAGGAUACACUGCAUGCAAAGAUCGUGGAAGAGACGGCACUGGAACAAGAUAUCAAUGAGAAAUUCUUUAGCUUGCAUGCAUAUGUGCAAUAUCAGGGCCAGACAGCGCUGACGGAACCAGCGGAGUUGAUUCACUAGUGCCGUUUGAGUUAUCUCUCUUAUAAUGAUCAAGUCUCAGAAAAAAAUCAAUGGAAGAGAAUGUCAGAGAUCUUAUUAAAAAACAACAUAGUUUU